GUAACGACACCAGAACCUCAUGUAGAUCUUACAAACGCGUUUUUUUACCCAACUACCCUGAUCUACCACCAGACUUAUCAAUCAUCAUGUCAACUUCUAUAAACCCGAAAGUAACCGCGCCAGCGUCCUCCGGCAUGCGCCAGAGGACCUGCACUCGCGUAUCCUGCGCUUCCCCUCAACCAGGGAUCAAAUGUUGCGACGACACCUGCAUUGUCAAAAUCGCCCGUCAAGACUGCAACAGCGACCCAAACCACCGGCAGCAGCAAAACAACGCGAGAACCCCCAGCGCUGUUCAUGGCGGCUCGUCCAUCCCGUCUCGAUCCGACGAGGAACCAUGCGAAAGCCACUACCUCAAGGCCAAAGCGGCGUAUAGCGGGAUACUAGAAAACAUCGGCUGUAUCUGCAAGGUACUGCUCUCCUUGAACCUUGAUGCGUGCUGCGUCGCCCUGCCGACCCCGCCUCUCCGCCCGAAGCGCUCGACCGUGUCGACGAGCGAAGGCUUCUUGGCGGAGGUGAGUAGGGCUUCGAGCGCCCGUUCGCUCUGCAAGCCGCAGGAGGGCACUGGUUGUAGCAAGAAGGCCUGCUGCUCUGAUGCGUCUUCGACCCAGUCGAAGCAGAGCGCCUUGCUGGGGGGGAAAUGCACGGAUGCUGGUGAGAAUGGUUGUUGUGGCGAUGCGUCUUCGACCUGCUCGAAGCAGAGUGAGAUGCUGGGCGCGAAAUGCGCUGAUUCUGGUGAGAAUGGCUGUUGUGGCGAUGCGUCUUCAACCCACUCAAAGCAAAGCGCAAUGCUGGGGGCGAAAUGCGCUGAUGCUGGUGGGAAUGGCUGUUGUGGCGGUGAGCCUUUGAGAACUAGCAUCGACCAGUAUGCUAGAACUUCAGGUGUCGAAAUUAACGGUGGCUACAAGACGGGCUGUGGCACUGGGACCGCUUAUACGGUGGCUCGUGAUGAUGACCUCAAAGAUGGCUGUUGCAGUCGUGAGAAACGCAUCGACAGCUCCAGCUCUAGUAACCUAGACUUUGCUACCCUUCCACCGAAGCUCGAAGAUUGCUCUAAGAAGGAGUGCUGUUCUGAUAAACCUUCAGCACCUACUGCUAGACAAACUAUCACUGAAGUCUCUUGCAAACCAGUGGUCAGUGGUUGUGCUAAUGGUAGCGGAAAUGUAGAUGCUAUAUUAGACAGCUGCUGCACUAGCGACACACCAGGAAGAGUAGCAGGCGGUAAGGGGAUCAGUUACACUCGACCCGGAACUAAUGAUUCCGACCUAGAAAAGGGUGAGUUGCCCGUUGAGCAUGUGUUGCUAAGUGUUCAAGGUAUGACUUGCACUGGGUGUGAGAAGCUCCUCUACAGAUCGCUAGAUACGAUCCCCGAAAUCUCGAACGUCAAGACCAGUCUCCUCUUAGCCCAAGCAGAGUUCGACCUCAGACUGUCCUCCGCUGCCAUGGACACUCCAAGCACCAUCAAGGCCAUUGAGAAGAUGACUGGCUUCACCUGCACAAAGAUGACACAGUCUGGACACGUGCUUGAUUUAAUCGUAGACGGCCUCGCAUCAGACUUUGCUACGAAAGACCUGCCUUCUGGAGUUUCCGACAUUGUCGUCCUCGACACACACCAUAUCCGCGUAACCUACCAGCCUAACAUCGUUGGUGCCAGGGACCUGAUGUCAGAUCCAUUCUUUCAGUCGGCAAAGCUCGCGCCAGUCGCAGAUCGUCCUCUGAUCGCUUCUGGCAGAGCUCAUGUCCGCCUAAUGCUCUUUAAAACGAUUGUAUCAGCGGUGUUAACUAUCCCUGUUCUUGUUAUGGCUUGGGCUCCCAUUCCGCAGCACGAGGUCAUUUACGGAGCAGUCUCGUUGGUUCUCGCUACUAUUGUUCAGGUUUACAUUGCAGGGCCCUGGUAUAUUGGUGCUUUUAAUGCCUUGGUCUUCUCGCGCUUGAUCGAAAUGGACCUACUCGUCGUCUUAAGCACUACUACAGCCUACAUCUACUCAAUCAUCGCAUAUGCCUUUCUCGUCUCUAAGAAGCCCCUAUCGACAGGAAGCUUCUUCGAGACGAGCACUCUGCUUGUCACCCUCAUCAUGGUUGGACGUCUUGUUAGUGGCUUUGCACGUCAGCGAGCAGUAGAGUCAAUAUCUAUUGAGUCACUCCAGUCAUCGACUGCAAUCCUUAUAGAUCCCAAGACUCACGAAGAGCAAGAAAUCGACGCACGUCUCCUUCAGUAUCAAGACAUCUUCAAGGCCUUACUUGAUACGUCAAUCGUUACUGAUGGCACCGUCAUCGCUGGUACAUCAGAAGUCGACGAAUCUAUGAUCACAGGCGAGGCCACACUGGUUGUUAAAAAACCCGGCUCUCCGGUCGUUGCCGGCUCGAUCAACCACUCUGGCACCCUGACAAUUCGGCUUACACGUCUCCCUGGCGAAAACACCAUCAAAGCCAUCGGGCUAAUGGUAGACGAGGCGAAAUCAUCGAAAACUAAGAUCCAGGAAAUCGCCGACCAUGUAGCGGCCUACUUCAUCCCUGCCAUUCUCAUUGUUACCGUUCUGGUAUUUGUAGUCUGGGUUGCUGUUGGCAAGGUCGUUCGUGGUUAUGAUGCCACUACCGCCUGCAUUAAUGCCAUGACAUACGCAAUCUCGGCUCUCAUCGUUUCUUGUCCUUGCGCAAUCGGCCUCGCGGUUCCAAUGGUGCUUGUGGUCGCAGGAGGUGUCGCGGCUAAGCAUGGCUUGAUCUUCAAAACCGCAGAGACGAUUGAGAUAGCCCGGAACCUUUCCCAUGUCAUCUUUGACAAGACAGGUACACUCACACAGGGCUUACUUACAGUCGAGGCUGAGAUAUACCCGACUAGGCAGGGCGACAUACUAGGUCCAAUGCUUCUUGCCCUGACGAACAACAGCAAGCAUCCUGUGUCAACCGCUAUCGCGACUCACCUAAAGACUUCUGGAGUCCAGUCUGGGAAGGUCGAGGGUGUUGUCUCUAUUGCCGGGAGUGGCAUAGAAGCAACUUGGAACGGAAGUAUCAUUCGUGCCGGCAAUCCGUACUGGCUAGGCAUCGAAGACUUACCAGCCAUCAAAGAAACUCUCCUACUCGGCGUUAGUAUGUUUUGUGUCUUGGUAAACGGAGAGCUCGUUGCAAUCUUUGGUCUCAAGGAUCUCCUUCGCCCAGAUGCUCUUCUAGUCGUCAAUGAGCUGAAGAAACGAUCAGUCAAAGUCUCAGUCGUUAGUGGCGAUAACGAGGAGUCUGUUAGGUCUAUCGCUAUGGCCCUCGACGUGCCGGAAAGCCAGAUCCGCUUCAGAUGCAGCCCCGCGGAUAAGCAGGUCUACGUCAAGGAAAUGCUUGCCUCUCCAAAGAGUGUUGUAAUGUUCUGCGGCGAUGGCACGAACGAUGCCGUCGCCCUAGCUCAGGCAAGCAUCGGUAUGCAUAUCAACGGCGGAACAGACAUUGCUCAAGGCGCCGCGGACGCUAUCCUCGUUAGACCCACCCUUGUCGGCAUUAUCACUCUUAUGGACCUCUCGGGGGCGUUCUUUCGCCGCGUUGUCUUCAACUUCGCGUGGUCGUUUAUCUACAAUACUUUUGCGGUUUUGCUCGCUGCUGGGGCGUUUCCUAACGCUCGCAUCCCGCCGGAAUUCGCUGGCCUUGGUGAGAUAGUAAGUGUCUUGCCGGUAAUUGCUAUUGGCAUGCAAUUGAAGUGGGCGAAAUUUCACGAGUUAAUUUGAGUUUUGAUUCGACGUACUUUUUUAGCUUAUGUCUACCAUCUCAACAUGCCUAGUCUAUUAAUAGCAUUCAACAUGACUGUAUUUCGAACGUAUGAC